AUGACUGAAAAAAGCGAUGUUGAAGGUGAUAUUGAUCUGGAAGAUAUUGAUCUAGAUGAUAUAGUAGCUGCAAUGAGUUUUGUCAACAAAUCUGGUGCUCGGUUUGCUCCGAAAAUCGUCAGAAGAAACAAGCUAAGUCAUCCAGCUUCGAGCACUUCUCCUGCUGUGCAAAAUGUACAAAACAUACAAAAUAUUCAGAGCCCAGACACCAAUAGAAGGAAUUCUCUUGUUUCUGGUGCUGGUUCAAAAAUUCAGGCUUUUAGCUCUCCUGCUCUUCCUCCAACAUCUUCGUCAUCAGCAUCUUCGUCAUCUUCUUCACUAACAACUACCUCAACCAACUCAAUACUAAAACCAACUGCAGAAGCCUAUGAAAAUAGUGUUCAGCCAAAGGCUAUUUCCAGAAGACCCAGCUCCUGUGUACAUAUAGCUGAUUCAUCCAGUUCGCUGAUCAAUUUUCCUCGAAGAAAAACUGUUUCUUUUAGUCCAAAUGAAAAAAUUACAAAGUCCUCUAAUAUUGAUCCAAAUUUGUCCAGUAAUAAUACUGAACAUUCAGAGUUUUCUGAAAGCUACUAUGUUCAACCUACAAAAAUUGACAUUCCUCAAGUUAAUCCUUUACCAAUUCAAACUCCAAGAAAACCAAGAAAGAAAAGAUCAUUGCCCUCAAAAUCUUCUUUUUCUAAUCUAUCUAUCAAAAAGUCUAGGAAUAAUGGAACUCUCUCUGAAUCUAAUAAUUCAAACUAUGGCUACAGUAUUGAUUCAAUGCCAGCUCCCAUUUCAAUAGAAAUUGCUCAAAAAGCAAUGGAGCAUUCCAGUAUUCAACUAGAACAACUAGAACAACAAAAUACUCAAUUUUCAAUUCCUCUAUUGAAUCCCUCUAUUAACACUAAAAACAAUGAAGAUAUCAAUCAGUUAUACCAGAAAAAUAUCGAUUUCCAGAACAUCGUUAAUCAAAAUAAAUCCAAUGGCUCUGAUGAAGACGACGGAAAAUAUGACAUUUUGCUAGAUCCUAAAUCAAAAAAAAUGAUCAAAGUUAAAGAGAAAGACAUCACUGUUGAAAUGAUUUCCAUUCAAGAAAGUUUCAUAAUUAAAAAUAUUAAUCAGAUUUCAAAAGACAUGAAACAUGUAAACCACAAGUUAUUGGAAAAGUUCACAUUAGAUGCUGACAACAUCAGCUUGGGUGAUCUAUGCAAAGAAGUUAUGCCAAUCGGAAAAGUAUCUGAUAACUAUGAACUAGCCGUCGAAGCAUUCACCAAAAAGCAAAUUGCAGCAAAGGAGAGAAAAGAGUUGAGAUUAAAAGCAAGAGAAAAAAGAGUCCCUCUCGAGCAAUUACUUGGUGAUGACAAAUCUAAAAUUAAUUUGAAUCAACAAAGUAAAGACGCUGUUGAAGAUUUAUUGAGGCUAGAGGAAAAACUUCAAGAUGGUGAAGCCUCUUCUUUCAAAUUAAGAGUAUCAAAAGACGGCGAAAUAGAUAUUGAUGAAGAGAGUACACUCAUCAACCGUAACACUAGAGAUAGAAGUCUUUUUAAAUCAGGAAUUGUUGAAACUGACAACCCAUUUGAAAAUUCGGUCAAUUCUAGAUCAUACUCAAAGGAUACCUACUAUGACAAAUGGACUUUGGAUGAAACCGUUUUAUUUUUCAGAGCUUUAUCCACAUGGGGAACAGAUUUUGGCGUAAUUGCCCAAUUAUUUCCAUACAGAAAUCGAAGACAAAUUAAACUAAAGUAUUCCCUAGAAGAAAGAAAAAAUCCUCACAUAGUCGAAUUAUCCUUAACUAGAAAAAUUCCUCUGAAUAUUGUUGAAUAUUUAAAUGAGGUUAACAGGGGAAAAGACGAAGUCAAAAAGACAAAGUUCAAAUCAUUGGAUGAAUUUGAAAAAGAAUUGAAAAAACUAAAAGCUGAACAUGAUAAAUCAGUUAAACAGUUGAUUAAAGAAAAAGAAAAAGCAAAACAAGAAGAUGAAGAAGCUGAGAGAAGAAAAGAAAUCGAAAUAAGAACAGGUAUUAGGAAAUUAACAAGAUCCGAACAGAUAUUGCAAUUGAGAAAACAUGAAGAAGUGUUGGGAACCAUCGAUGAAAUGACCAGACCGGUUCGUCCUUCUCGUCCAGGUCCAUUCAAUUAUUAG